AUGGAGCAGGAGCUCCUCCAGCUGCUCGCUGCCACCCAAUCCCCCGCAGCCAACACGCGGAGGUCCGCUGAACUGCAGCUGCUGCAUUUGUACUCCAACGAAGCCUUUCCUCUGUCGCUCGUCGCCGUUGCAUCGCAUGAAUCCGUCGAGCUGCCGCUGCGCCAGUCCGCUUUGUCCGUCCUGCGCGCCUUUGUCCUCGCUGCCUGGUCGCCCGUGCUCGACGAGUUCAAGGGCCAGGUGCUCAUCAAUGAUGCCAACAAGGCCACCCUGCGCCGUGCCCUCCUCGAUCUCGCUACUACAACCGAAACGAACCGCAAGAUCAAGGCCUCGGCCAGUUAUGCCGUGAGCAAAAUCGCCGCCGCCGACUUCCCGGAAGAAUGGCCCGACCUCCUCCCCUCGUUGAUGCAGAUCAUCAAUGACCAGGCCAGCAGUGAUAUCGCUCUACACGGUGCACUGAAGGUCUUGCUGGACUUGGUCGAAACCGGCUUCAGCGAGGAGCAAUUCUUCAACAUUGCUCGCGAACUCGUCUCGACCCUCUUCACUGUGGCUACCAACGAAUCACGCAAGACCAUCUUGCGCGCCCUCGCCGUCUCUGUCUUUCGAUCAUGUUUCGACACCCUCGAGAUGGUGCUGGAGCAGCACAAAGCUGCUGUUAAGCAGUUCAUGGACGAGGCUCUUUCCGGCUGGUCGCCCUUUUUCUUGACGGUCAUGAAGGCCCCCCUUCCACAGCGUCCAUCCGAGGAAGAGGAGGCGAAAGACACCGAACUUCCGUCCCAGUGGAGAGGUGCUAUUGCCCUGAAGCUGCAGGCAAUUAAGACCGUCAUGAAAAUCCGCAUGGUAUUCCCAACACUCUUGACCACACAAAGCCCGCAGCUGUUCACCACUCUCUGGGAGGAACUUUCCAACAUCCAGGGCCACUACUUUGAUAUGUACAUCGAGGACGAGCGCCAAGGCCGGUUGGAAGAUGCAGAUGGCCUGCCAUAUACCUUGGACAUCCUCGUCUUGGAAGAAAUCGAUCUCAUGCAGGCCCUGAUAAAAGCCCCCCCUGUCAAGGCCGAACUACAAGCCCAAUUGCAGAAUGCCGGCCAAGCCGCAACAAGCACUGGCUGGCUUCCAGAAAUUAUCAAGCUGGCAAUCUCCUACGCCCAGAUCACGACUGAAGAAGAAGGCUUGUGGGAUAUUGACGUUAACCUAUUCUUAUCAGAAGAGACCUCGGUGACGGCCAACUACACGCCCAGGACGUGUGGUGGUGACCUUCUGAUCAAGCUCGGAGAGUGGCUGAAAGUGACGGUUGUCCAAGCAUUGGUUACCUAUAUCAACACCCUCUUUGCCGAUCCUGCCUCAACGUGGAAACAACGUGAAGCUGCUUUGUAUAUUUUAAACCAGUUGCUCCGCGAUUUCAACGAAGUCGAGCAACAGAUUCCCGUCGACGUAGCAUCGGGCUUCACCAACAGUAUUCAGUUUGCUUUCCAAAACGAACAGGAUUUCCUACGUGCUCGUGGCUAUCUGCUAGCCGGUGCCCUUUCCCAGACGGCAGGCCCUGGAUUUCAACAGGUUGCAGCUAGCUACCUCGAUGCAACGAUGAAGGCGAUUUCUCAGGACUCUUCGGAAGUAGUCCAGGUUGCUUCUAUUCGCGUGCUUCAGGAUAUCUUGCCAGCCUUGCCAUCAACCACCACACAGCCAAUGCAAAUCCCCAUAAUCACUUCCAUAUCCCAAUUCAUCGCUGCUCAUGAUUUAAGAGAGGGGACCGACAAUGACGACCUCAAAGUGACUCUUGCGGAAACACUUCGUGACACUAUCAUGGUCGAGGCCAAUGUCGUUCUCGACUCGACGGCUCUGGACGUCUUGUUUAACGUGGCGAGCAACGGCGCCGACAACUUCCAUCUGGUGAUGAUAGUCACGGAAUCCUUCGAGGAUAUUGUGCAGUAUGUUUCACAACAAGGCUUUGAUGCAUAUGUCCGGCUAUGUGAAAAGGUCUUGCCAUCUCUGACUGGUGCUAUCGAUGUUGGAAGCAUGACUGAGGAAAGCGCACUGACUGUUCUGGCGGCCGACCUUCUCCGUGCUCUGGCUGACUAUGGCUCCGAACCUCUUCCCAAUGGAUUUGUGGCAACUGUGAUGCCCAAACUGAACCGUCUGCUACUUGACUCUUGUGACGGAGAGCUCAUUCGACCAGCCACGCUGGCGGUCCGCCAUAUUCUGGCACACGACUUUAACCAAUUCCUCGCAUGGCGCGAACCGGAACAGGGCAAGGAAGCCAUUGAGACAGCCCUGGUGAUCAUCGACCGCUUGUUAGGUCCCGACGUUGACGAUAUCGCUGCCGCCGAGGUCGGUCAGCUGGCUGCAGAGUUGGUCGAAAAGGCCGGGUCCGAAAAGCUAGGACCAUAUCUGCCACAGCUGCUCCAAGCAGUUGCCCGGCGUCUUGCCACGGCCCAGCAGCCUCAAUUCAUUCAGAGCCUGAUUCUCGUCUUUGCCCGGCUAACCCUGAUCAGCCCUCGCGAAGUGGUUGACUUUUUGGCUCAAGUUGACCUCAGCGGCCAGAGCGGGUUGAGUGUCGUGCUGAGUAAAUGGCUGGAGAACUCGGUCAAUUUUGCCGGCUACGACGAAAUUAAACAAAACAUCAUUGCACUCUCCAAGCUAUACAACCUCGAAGAUCCUCGCGUGGCGCAAGUCCAGGUGAAGGGAGACCUUAUUAUUCAAGAUACCGGCCGGAUAAAGACCCGCUCGCAAGCCCGCAACAACCCAGACCAAUUCACCAGUGUUUCGGCCAGUUUGAAGAUCAUUAAAGUCCUCGUAGAAGAGCUUGCCGGGGCGUCUGGCAACAAAGAGAUUGACGCGGCCGCAGCCGCCGCUCUCGAAGAAGCAGACAGCGAGGACGACGAGUGGGAGGACAUUCCGGGCAACACACUGGACCUUGGUCUUGGAGUGACCAAGCAGGAGCUGAUGUCGUUUGGCGAGGGUGGCAGUGAAAGUGUAUUUGCUGUUCGGAAGCGAGACGACGAGACGCAAGGCUUCCUAGUACAAUUCUUCCAGGAGGCAUCAACCAAGCCUGGGUUCCAAGAGCUCUUCAACAUCCUCACUCCGGCAGAGCAGGAGAAGCUUCGCAGCCUGGGCUGA